UGGUCUUUCGAAAUGGAAGUAAAACAAAAAUGGCUUGCACUGUUUUUCUUACUCUGGUAAACGGACCUUUCUCUGUUAUCUGACACGCACACGUCGGAAUUGUGCUUCGGCUUGAGUUCUUCAAAGGGAGACGAUCCUCCAUCCUCCUCAACACCACAACCUAAAUCGUCAACGAAGGCAUCAAUGUCGUCCAGCGAGGAGUCCUCUGACAAAGACCAGGAGAAACCUGGACCGAGUCGUCACAGUGUUGCAGCAAGGUCGCGUUCAGCAGCGCGGGAUGCUUCUCUGGAGAUUAAAAAGAUGUUCGGGGAGUCGUCCGAGGAGGACAACUCUGGUGACGAUCAGGAUUUCAAGGUUGCCUCUGAAACGCACAAAGCCAAACAAAAACCCACAAAAAGCUCUUUCACCAAAAGCACGAUUUUUACAGCCAAAAACCACUGCUAUGUCUGCGGAAAAGGGAUGAGAAAGCUUUCCCGUCAUCUGAAAAAGCAUGCCGACGAAGUCCCCGAGAUCGCCGAGGCCUUCUCCUUUCCGCCGCUCUCAAGCGAACGUACAAAGCUACUUUACAUAUUAAGGAACAGAGGCAAUUACCGUCACAACCAGGAGGUGCUGGGCGGCAGCGCCGGGUCGCUGAAGGUGCUAAGGCGACGGAAAACCGAUGAAACGAACACGGCAAACCUCGUCUACUGCCCGUACUGCAAAAUCUUGAUGGAGCGCGUCGGCAUGUGGAGGCACGUACCAAACUGUGUGGAGAGAAUGUCGGAGGCGGCAGCUGCAAACAAGAGUUUCAUCAGCGACAGCGAGGAGUCAGAGUCGGAGCAAAAAAUGCUCCCUGACGCCAAGAAGAUACUUUCAGGGAUGAAACGAGACAAAACGACGUUUGUGGUUCAGAAGGACGACCUGCUGGUCCAGCUGGCGAAGAGUUUCUGCAGAAAGUACAGAAACGAUCCUGGCAAGGUGCCUUACAUCCAGGACAAGCUGAGAGAGAUGGGCAAACUAUUGCUGGAAAUGCAUAAAAUGAAUAUACUGACUUUCGAAGAGGCCCUCCGACCCAAGAACUUCUCCGGCGUCUUCAGGUCGGUGAGGAAAGUCGUGGGUUUUGAUCCGGAGACGCAGACCUACGUCAAACGGGGACUUGCUUUCAAUUUAGGCGUUUCGCUGAAAAGCCUCGCCAAAAUCGUCCUCAACGGGCAGAACGCCGACGACGCGACGAGGAGUUCUGCUAAAAUAUUCAUGGAGAAGUGCGUAAAGGAGUGGGGGGGGCUCGUCUCGGAGAACACCUCAAAAGGACAAAAAGUCAGCAGCCCGUCUACGAUUCCUUUCACCCGCGACGUCCAGGCGUUCCACGCUUACCUGGAGAGGUUAGCCGCCUCCGCCACCGACAGCCUGAAGACGUCUGAGGACGCUCAGGUCUACAACGUCCUCUCCAGGGUCACCCUGGCGCAGGUUUCUGUUUUAAGCAAACGCACGUCAGGGGUUUCAGAGAUGACGCUGGAGUCUUUUGAGCAGAGGGGCGACUCGACCAAAGUGUUGUCCAAACACUUCAUCAGGAUAAACGUGGUGAGCAGGAGCGGCGCCGACGUCGCCGUCCUCUUGACGUCUCAGCUGGUCAGCGCUCUGUCUCUGCUCAUCAGUAAGAGGCGGGCCUGCGGCGUGCACGAGGACAAUCCUUUCCUGUUCGCCAAGCCGGACGCCUCUGCCACGAGCCACUACCACGGAGGGCACUGCAUCAAGUCCUUCUCCCGUCUGUGCCACGCGGAGAACCCCGAGAACCUCACCGCCGCACAUCUUUCCAAGCACACGGCAAGAAUCUUCCAGAUCCUCAACCUGGAGAACGACGAGCUGGAGCACCUCCGGGAACUCCUUGGCCACGAGAUCCGGACCAACCGGGACUACUACCGGUCCCCAGAGGCGGCCGUCGAGCUCGCAAAGAUCUCCAAACUCCUCCUGGCGAAGGAGAAGGGUUCACUGGGACGAUUCAAAGGGAACUCUCUGGAGGAGGUGGAGAUUGAGGAUGAGCUGAAGUCGGACGGGGAGCAGAGCAGCGGUGGAGAAGAUGCUGAGAAGUCCAACGCACAGCCGGGUUCUCCACUUCAGCAGAGCGAUGUUGCAGAACAGCUGGACGGACCGCCGGCUGCAGCUGUUCAGGAUGCGCUGGAGCACAUAAAGGCUAAAAAAGACAAACCCUCUCUUCAGGAGAGGUUCAUAGACUCCGUGAAAGGGAAAGGUGUGUUCGCUAACGAAUCCAUCGAACCCUCUUCGUUUGUUGUUGAGUUUCGGGGGAAGAUCUGCGCUCGCCAAGAAAGCUCUGAGACGGAAGGUGGAGACUCGUUAAACAAUUAUGUGUUUGACUUUUCAUGGAAAGGAGCAAACUGGUGCGUCGAUGCUUCAGCAGAAGACGGGAGUCUGGGCCGGCUUGUAAACGACGAUCACUUGAACCCCAACUGCAAAGUGAUGAAGAUUACCUGUGAGGAGAAACCUCACCUGUGUCUGUUCGCGCUGAAGCAAAUAUGCCCUGGUGAGGAGAUAACCUUCAGCUACGGCGACUCGUCUUACUCGUGGCGCUCAACGGAAACUACUGAGGAUGUAAAUGUUCCUGAGAAGGACCCAGCUCCCCCCGUCGAUGAAGACCUUGAAGACUCUGCAGCAGACUCGCUGGGCUCUGCUCAGUCCUCCGGGGAUGAAUACGUCUGCGACGAACAACCCGACAGCGACGACAGCGUCUCGUCAUCCGACCCGGAGGAAGACCCGACCCGUUGCGGCUCCGACGACUCGGACUCGGCGGCGCCGUCCAAACGUACCUCCUUCACCAGGAAGAACUACUGUUACGUCUGUGGAAAACCUCAGAGCAAGAUCUCCCGCCACCUCUUCACCCACAGAGGCGAGGAGCCCGAGAUCGCCGAGGUGUUCGCCUUGCGGCGCAACAGCAAGGAGCGGAAGAAGCUGCUGGAACAUCUGCGGGGCCGAGGGAAUUACACGCACAACAAGGAGGUGCUGAGGACUCAGAAAGGAGAACUAAAAGCAAGAACCCAAAGCCAGGUGGCCACGCUGCAAAACCCCGCCGCCUGCAUUUAUUGUAAAGUCCUGUUCAGUCGCAGCGUCUUAUGGAAGCAUCUUCAGAAGUGUCCUCUGAGGAUCUCCACCCCCCUCAGAGGCAGGACGCAGAUCUUGGCUCUGGUGGCGUCCGGGUUAACGGAGCCGGACAAAUCCUCGGCUGUGAGGAAGAUGCUGAAACGAAUGAAGGAGGACGAGACCAGCGUUUCGGCUCUGCAGGAUCCGUACCUCCUGCAGCUGGCCUGCUGCUUGUUCCACAUGCUGCAGGGCAAGAAAAAGGAGGCGGACAUCAGCCGGAAACUCAGGCAGAUGGGGAGAUUGCUGGCGGCCCUGAAGGAAAAGUCCAUCGUGAGCUUCGAGGCGGCUCUGAAACCCCAGAACUUCAACAGCGUUGUCGAAGCAGUGGAGAGCGUCUCAGCUUCGAACGUGAAGUCCGUCACGUCCUUGCUCGGCAAAGUGGGGAACAUAAAAUACGCCCGAGUCCUGAACGACAACGCCGACAAAGAGGCGAUCGAGGAGGCGGAGGAGUUCCUGAAGCUGUGUGAGAAGCAGUGGCCGAAGACGAAGAUUCCUCAGCAGAACGCUCCCGGCGCAGAAACGCUGCCCUUCAUCCGCGACGUCCAGCUGCUCUUUGGCUACAUCAACGCGUCUGUGGCGUCUGCCGUCGAGACGCUCGCCAAGUUUCAGAGCGCGCCGGUGUACAACGCGCUGCUCCGCGGGGUCGCCGCCUACGUGGCCGUGUUGAACCGGAAGAACGCCCACCUGGGACAGGUGACCCUGCAGUCCUUCCUGCAGAGGAACCGAGCGCCGCCUCCGGAGGAGAACGACGGCGGCGGCCCGCAGCCGUUUGAGAAGAUCCUCUAUGAACGCAUCGUCAGGAUCGCCGCCGUCUGCCAGGAGAACCGAAAAGUGGUCCUGAGUCUGACGCCGGAGCUGCUGUCCGCGGCGACCGUGCUGGUGGAGAGGAGGAAGCAGUGCGGCGUCCCCGACGGGAACCCCUACCUCUUUGGGAGGCCGGGCGCGUCGCCUUCCAGCGUCUGCAAGCCGCAGCAGACCAUCUCCUCCUUCGUAGGUCUGUGCGGCGCCAAAGGCGAGGCGGACCUCAGGUCCCCGGUUUUCCGUAAGUACGUGGCGCAGAUUUUCCAGAUCCUGCUCCUGGGUGACGAGCAGCUGGGCCAGCUGGCCACGCUGCUGGGCCGCGCCGUCCGCACCGACAGCGAGUUCUACCGCAGCCCCGAGGCGGCGGCGGACAUCGCCAGGAUCCUGGUGCUGCUGUCCGCCGUCGAGGGCGAGUGCCUGGACAUCUUCCAGGGAAAGUCCUUGGAGGAAAUUGGGAUUCCAGAUGAGCUGCAGCCGGUGGUGGAGCCCAUCAGCCGAGCCGAGGAAGACGAGGCCGACGCAUCUCUUCAGGCGGACGGUGCUUCUCCAUCAACGUCACAAAAGAAAGGCAAACGUUCCUCCACGAAGAACCGAGGCAAGAGCAAGAAGAAGGACCCGACCGGUGGUAAAAAUGAAGAGGAGAACACGGAGAAAGAUGAAGAAGCAGCUAAGAUCUCACAGCAGGGCGGCGUGGACGCAGCCGAGGAGACGCGGACCCGUAAGAAAGAGGCGCCGGCUGGCAGCGAAACCACAGCAGCUCCUAACAAACACAACGAGUCUCAGAUUUAUUUCAGCGACGAUGACGAAGACAUGAAUGUAGACUUUAACAUGGACAUCGACAUCGACGAUGACGACGACCAUGAGGUCAGGAAUGAGGAAACUAAGGCUGCUGAGAACUCUGAAGCGAACCUGGGAGGUCAGGAUAAAGGAAAGGAGAGUGAGACUCUGAAGGACGGCUCCUCUGAGGCGGCCGUGGAGACGGACAGACGUUCAGGGCCAGACGGCGAUGACGAAGAGGCGGACCAGGAUGACUGGAUGGGUGCAGACAGUGGGGGAUCCUCUCCUGUACGCACAGUUGCAGAAGAGCGGAGCAGCAGCUUUGAGGCAGCGAUGAUGCGCAUGAAGGAAAUAAAGAUUUUGAUCCGCAAACUGAACGUUGAUAACCUGCAGACUCCUAUCCAGGCUUCACAGUUAACUUUAGAUGAGAUUCAGCCGAGAUUCAACGACCAGCGCUCACCGGCCGCUGCAGAGGAGCGUAAACUCACCUCCACGUCCCCGGAGGAAACAAACAAGCAGCGCGAUGCCAAGGCUGUGAUGAUGAACUGCUCCCACUGUAAGAAGAUCAUGACCAAGGGACAAACUGCGUACCAAAAGAAGGGCUUCACGGACGUCUUCUGCUCCAAAGACUGCCUGUUUGAGAUGUUUCCCACCAACAAAGCCGCUCCACGGACGUGUUACUACUGCUUCAGGGAAAUCUUGCAGCUCCUGGACCUCAUCAUGGCGGUGGUGGACCUUAAAGGAACCAUGAAAGACUUCUGCAGUCCAUCCUGCUUGUGCAACUUUAAAUCCAGCUCUGCGUCAGUGAAAGGACAGCCGGCGCGUCAGAAAAAUCUGACCUCCAUGUCCAACCAGACGCCGUCGCCCUUCUGCACCAUGUGCGACAGAAUCUGCGCCAACCCGGUGGAGCUAAAGCUGGACGAGUGCCUGCGCAGCUUCUGCAGCGACGCCUGCUUGGAGACGUUCUGCAGGAAGAACGUGGGCGUCUGUGAGCACUGCGGCUCGCCCUGCCGGGGCAAGCGGCUCCGGCUGAGGCUGGAGGACGGCACCAAGACCGUCUGCGGCCCAGACUGCCUGGAGGAGUUCAAAAAGAACAUCAUGGCGGCCCAGGAGUGCCCCGUCUGCAGAGCUUCCCAGCUCCCGUCGGACAUGGUGAGCUACAAAAACAGCGAGAACCUGGUGGAGCUGCUCUGCUCUCGCAGCUGCUUGGUGUCCUUCAAGGUGCUGCCCGUCCCCAGACCUGAGCCCGCUGCCUCUCUGGUCCUGGAGACGGACGACACGGCGAGGCUCGUCGUCGGAAGCGGCGAGGCGAGCUGCUGCUGCUGCUGCGGCAGGAAGCUGAAGAAGGGAUCCGCGGUUUACCACCUGAAGAAAGCCAAGCAGGCGUUCUGCUCUGAGGCGUGCGUCACUGAAAAGCAUCCCCACGUCCAGUUCGACACCAAAACCUGUUACAGCUGCCUCCAGUUGAUCACGCAGCCCCAGAAAGUGAUCCUGGCUCCGGUGGACGAUUCGGGAACCGUGAAGGAGCUCUGCAGCGACGCGUGUCUCUCUGCGGUGAAGGCCAAGUUGCUGUUCUCCCACUGCAAGCUGUGUGGCAAAUACUGUCCGUGUAAGUUUUCCGUGACGGUGGACGGCGAGGUCCAGAGACUCUGCAGCAGCUCCUGCGUCUCGGAGCUGCGCAGAGAAAACAAGUGUUCCUGGUUCUGCUGCGCGGCCUGCGGCGCCCUGAGCUCCGGCGCGCGGCUCACCCUGCAGACGGAGGACGGCGAGAGAACCGUCUGCGGAGACGAAUGUCUGGUCAAGAUCAAAGAGAACGUGAAGACCCUCCAGCUGUGCUCGACGUGCAGAACCCCCCAUCAGAUGUCGGACAUGGUGGAAAGUAAGAACAGCGAGGGCCGGUUGGACCUCUUCUGCAGCCACAGGUGCCUGAAGGUCCACAAAGCUCAGUCCCUAACUGUGCCAGAAAAUUUGAGCGUUGAGUCUGAGGAGAUGGAUGUUAAAGAAGUGAAGCCGUCGCUGUCAAGUUUGCCCCGUAUCAAAGAGGAGCCCAUGGACCAGGGGUACUUUCAGAACCGCUCACACUCAGUUUCCCCGCAGAGCAUCAAGGAGGAACCAAACGUGCAGAAGGACCUGAAGAUCGGCUCGGUUUUCUCCCUGACGGAGGACACGAAGCCUCCCCUGCCGGGCCCCGCCCACCAGGACCUCCCCGCCUCCUGCUCCAGCUGCCAGAGGGUGCUGAUGGACGGGGAGACGGUGUACCAGAGGAAGGCCCACUCAGACCUGUUCUGCUCCACCUCCUGUCUGCUCAGCUUCUACGAGCUGAAGUCCGUGAAGAAGACGUGUCACUUCUGUCUGCAGGUGAUUGUGAAGCCUCAGGCGGUCCUGCAGGCUGCCGUGGACAACGAGGGGACGAAGAAGGACUUCUGCAGCCAGUCCUGCCUCUCGUCCUUCAACUACAAGAGAAUCUUGUCCGCCGACCUGCCGGUGCUUCCAGCUGCGUCGCGGUCCCAGUGCAGCGUUUGCAGCAGAUUCUGCAUCAGCAAACGUGAGAUCCCGCUGCAGGGCGCGGUCCAUAAGGUCUGCAGCGAGCCGUGUUUCCGCCGCUUCUGCAACAUCAACAAGCUGCGGGUGUGUGAGAGCUGCGGCUCGCGCUGCGACGCGCCGCUCAGGCUGCAGACGGAGGACGGCGUCAAGGCGCUGUGCGGCGCCGAGUGCCUGAAGCUGUUCAAGCAGAAAAUCCAGACGCCGCAGCCGUGCUCCAUAUGCUGCACCUCUAAACUGAUGUCGGACAUGACUGAGAAGAAAAACAGCAAAGACGUCAUCGAGCUCUUUUGCUCCAGCAGCUGCAUCAUGGCUUCCAAGAUCCAGGCCGUCUGUGCAGCCGGCGUGCCGCUGAGCUGCGAUACCUGCGGGAAGAAGUCGGCGCCGGCGUGUCAUCUGGCCGCGUCGGACGCCUCCGUCAGGAACUUCUGCUGCCUGACGUGUGCCAUGGCCUUCAAGGAGACCCAAAAAGACCAGAUCAGCAGAACCAACGGAGCAGAACCCGGCAGACACACUUUGGACCAAAUCCCAGAGGAGCUCCUGUGUGCUCAGUGUCAGCAGGUCAUAAAAGCUGCUCCCACAGUCAUCCAGAACAAGAACCGGCUGGUGUUUGUCUGCAGCCCGGCCUGCUCUCAGGAGUUUAAGAAGCGGCAGAAGAUCCUGGGCGUGUGCGCCCGCUGCAGGGACAACGGCGUCGUCAACGAGGUGAAGAGGAUCGAUGGCAAGGACUGCAGCUUCUGCAGCGACGGCUGCUUCCGGCUGUUUCAGCGGGAGCUGGACGAGAAGUGGGGCAAACACUGUCCGUCCUGCGCCUUCUGCCUCUGCGUCUCUAGGACGGUGCUGCCGGCCCGGGGCAAAGGCAAGAAGAAGCUCUUCUGCUCCGAAGGCUGCAGAUCCAAGUACAAAACGCUCGUCAGCGACGAGGCCAAAUGCGACGGCUGCGGACGGCGAGGGAAGCUGACGGAGACUCUGGCUCUGCCGGGGAACGUCACGCACUUCUGCGACCUGAGAUGUCUGCUGGACUUCAGGAAUAACCAGGAGCGGACGCUCGCCGCAGGGUCUUCUCCUCCUGGAUCUGCCUCGCCUGUUAUCACCAGCGUGGUGUCGCUGUCCGGCGGCCCGGCAGGAAGAGCCUCACCGCUCGGAUCGUUCUCAGACAUUCAGACUAAAGUCGUCGGACACGCCGGCGUUCAGACGGCGCCCAGAGAGCUGAAGAACAAAUCCACGCUCUGCGUUCCUCUGGUGCACAACAAGGGAGUCUGCUGCUGCGCUCACACUGUGGAGACCGCUUCACAGACAGUGGCGUUUAAGCCCAAAGUUCAGCAGGUGCUCUCCGCUGUUCCUGUGCCGGUUCCCGUCUACGCUCCUCUGCCCAUGAACCUCUACAGCCAGUUCGCCCCGGUUCCGUUGGUUCUGCCGGUGCCGCUGCCGGUGCCGGUGUUUCUCCCUGAGAAGAGGGCCGACCCGCGGCCGACGGCGACGCAGGAGACGCAGACGGAGUUUAGCUGCGGAGCUGAGAGACGAACAGAGCCGGAGGACGGGAAGCGGCGAGAAAACGGGAAGAAGGAGGAGGAGGAGGAGGAGGAAAGACAAACUCCGUCACUUAUUGAAACCAUCAACAGCUACAUGGACGACUUGGGGACGGAUUAUCAGCCGGGUUUUAACCACAGAGACAUUGACUCUGUAUGCAGCCUGGAGUUUUUCAGCCAGCCAGAAACCUGCAGCUCCGCUCCUCCGGACCCGGAGGCCAACGUUCCCAAAAAUCGCCUCCCUGACAUCCCUCCGUCCGCUGAGGCUCCGGAUCUCCAGAGCUCAUUGAUUCCUCUGCCUGCUGAAGUCUCGGCUUCAGAGGGAAACGUCCAGAAUAUCAACGAGGGAGGAACUGUGCCUGAAGAAGCUGAAGAGAAGAAGGUCCAUGCAGGUUCUGCUGAGCUGGUUCUGGACGGUCGGUGUGGAGUUGAAACUUGGAGGAGAUGGAUCCAGUGGAGAGAGUCUCAGACCAGUCUGGGCCUUCUACCCGCGUCUGCUGGGAGCUUGAAGGCGGAUCUCCUCCAGUGUUCUUCAUCGGAACUGAGCGAGGGCCUGUCGCUCUUCAUCAGCGAGGUGAAACACCCCCAGGGAGACCCGUUUUCUCCAGACAUCCUGUUCUACAUGUGCCUCAGCAUCCAGCAGUAUCUGUUUGAAAACAGUCGGGUGGAGAACAUUUUCACCGACCCGAAGCACCAGAAGUUCUCCUCUGAGUUCACCAGGAUCCUGAAAUCGUCUCCCUCGGCCCGCCGUUCUCUCCCCUCCUGCGUCAAGGAGGAGUUCCUGUGGGGGUGCAAGCAGCUGGGGGCGUACUCCCCCAUCGUCCUCCUCAACACUCUGCUCUUCUUCUGCUGCAAGAACUUCGGCUUCACCACGGUGGAGCAGCACCGCCAGCUGUCCUUCGCCCACGUCACGCGCUGCACCAAAACCAACGCCGACAACACCAAGACCACCUUCCUGCGGUUCUACCUGUCUGAGCCUGGGAACGCUGCAGAGACGGGUUCUAAAGAGGCGGACGGUUCUGACGGCGUCCCGGCGAAGAAACGCAGGUUAAACAAGAGAUUCCUGGACAUGAAGGAGAACCUGGAGAACCCUCUGCGCUGUCCGGUCCGACUGUAUGAGUUCUACCUCUCCAAGUGCUCAGAGUCGGUGAAGCGGCGCAGCGACGUCUUCUACCUGCAGCCCAACAGCCGCUGCCUUCCCAGCAGCCCUGUGUGGUUCUCAGUGGCGCCGCUGGACAGCGCCACCAUGGAGGCCGCCAUCGUUCGAUCCCUCGCCGUCAGAGAGCUGCAGGACGCAGCAGGAGGAACGUGAGGGACUAAACGGACCAGAACCAUCUGGAAACCAGGAGUGGACUGAAUCAUGAAGCGGCUAAAGCAGCAGAUCUCUAAUUUCUAUUUUCCGUUCUUUUGGUGAAUAAUGUUUAAAUUCUGGGUUUGUCUUUCAUUUCUGUCGACAUUUGUCUGUUGUGUGGAUUUUAAUGUUUGCGUCACAGAGAGGAGACUCAGAGCUCAUCUUCAUCAUUUUCAGGAUUUAAGAGUCGAUUCUUAUCCUCUGUCUGGAUGUUUUUUUUUAUUUCUGUUUUUGUACAGAGAGAAUCGGGUUGGGGUAAAGUUUUUCAUAUUUGAAACAGAAAAUAAUUACAGUAACAGUUGUUUUAAACUGGAUCUAAUCUUUGCUUUCAUCUCGUUUGACUCGGAGGACAAAUCAUGUUCUUAAUAAAAACAGUAUCUGAGACGUUUCACUCUGCCUUGUUUUGAUAAUUUCACAGCUCAGCUUUUAUCAGAUUUGCACAAAUUGUGAAGGGAAAACCUUUUUUUCAAAUGGUAACAGAAGCUAAAUUGCACCCCUUUUAAACCUUAAUUACUAAAAUUA